CAAACAGUGAAAAAUCCAGAGAAAAAUGGAUACAAGCUAUACAAGCAGUUCAAAACAGUCAGUUUAGUAAGACAAUGUUUAGUAGUUUUUAUCUACCAGACAUGCCAGACGAACUAGCUGAAUUAGAUGGUACAUGCGAUAAUUCCGCUGGACAGUCCAUUGACGAAAUCAAGGAAUUAGCAUCAUCAUCAGAAGCAAGAAAGUCUGAGCGCAUGUCUGAAUUAUUAGAAGUUCCAAAAAAACCUAUACAGGUAGUUGCAGCAAUUGACUUCGGAACGACAUUUUCUGGUGCUGCAUUUUCGACAAAAUCAUCGUUUGAAAGCAAUCCUCUAAGGGUUGAGAAUAUAAAACUAUAAAAGAAGAAAGCAUAUCACAAAACACAAACAUCGGUGAUUUUCAACGCAGAAGAAUUUGUAGCAUUCGGAGAACAAGCAGAAAGAAAAUAUAAGAUGUUAUUAUUAAGAGGACAGGCAGACGAUUUGUUCUUCUUCCGAAACUUCAAAAUGCAACUUCAUGGUGAGAAACUUUCCAAAAGUAUGAAACUGCGCACAAUAGAUGGAAAGGAAAAGAGUUGUAUUACUGUGAUUGCUGCUUGUAUUGUACACAUUAAAGAAAAGGCAAACGAAAGAAUAAAGCAGAUGAACACAAGUAUUGAAGAUGUUGAUAUACAUUGGGUAUUAACGGUACCUGCCAUUUGGAGUGAACAAGCCCGACAUUUUAUGAUUAAAGCAGCUGAAAAGACAGGAAUAGACAGGGACAACAUGUCACUUGCUCUCGAACCAGAAUGUGCAGCGGUCUAUUGCAAGCAUGAUGAGUUGGUGAGAGACGAAGACCAAAGGAAUUCAGCACUACAGUUUUUUAGACCUGGUUCAAAGUUUAUGGUUGUGGACCUAGAAGGUGGAACCGUAGAUAUAACGGUAUCCGAAGUUUUGGAAUCUGGAAAAAUGAAGGAAAUCAGUAAGGCAUCGGGAGGUAAAUGGGGUGGUGAUACCAUCAAUAAGAAAAUCGUAGAUGUGCUAAAUGACAUAUUUGGGCAACACAUGCACAGAUUGCGGUCCGAAGAAAUGAAUUCUUAUUUGGAAUUGCUUGCUGACAUUGAAUCUGCGAAAAGAGAAUAUGACGAAGAGGAUGACUUUACUCUUAGAUUGCCAGAGUUUUUACAGAAGCAGGUAAACGUUGGGGAAUUAUCGAAAAAAUUUGGAAACAACAUCGUAAUAGGCAAAGGAGAAAAGCAUAUACUAUUUUCCCAGGAAAUGAUGAAGGGCAUUUUCAAUAAAUGCAUUUCUGACAUAACUAAGCAUAUAGUUGGUUUGUUACAAGAAGCAAUUGAAGUUUCCGAAAUUAUACUUGUCGGUGGAUAUGCUUCGUCGCCAAUAAUACAGACCGCUUUCGAAGAAGAAGUAUUGAAAUAUGAUGUUAAUGCUUACUAG